AGACGCAUUGGAAAUGCCCGUCUCAUUUGCGGUCACAGCGUUCAUGCCGCCCGCUGCCUCCGCCACACCGACAGCACUCUCGCCUGUCGCCGCCGGCUGCUCCAAACACCGACUCGACAGGUUCUCAAACAGCUGCAGAAUAAACGUCCCACAAUCCCAAAACUCACUCACUGUCUUUAGCACCAUCUGGCAGGAGUUGUGCGCCGUCCGACCCAGCCGCGCAACCAUUUUAUUCGAGCUCCGCAUCCGCUCAUAGAACG